AUGCAUCAUACUUAUAAUCCUUUUGAACAACCAGAGUUAAUUGCACAUAUUAUCAAAAAUCUGAUAUUAAAGGAUCUUGCAACAUGUCUUCAUACCAAUUUUAUAUGGGAAAAAGAAGUGAGACGCGAGUUUUUUAUAAGGCAAAAAAAGUUUAAAAAUAGAUAUCGGGACUUAAGGUGCAAAAUAAAAAAAGCGAUAAAAGAUCUUGAUAGUUGUUUUGAAUGUAAGACUGAUCCAGAGAUGUUUACAAUGGGACCAUUGAUUCGAGAUACUACAGAACCCAGGACAAGAUUUGAUUCUCUGCUUAAUGAACAAGAGGAAACUUUUAGUAAACUGCAAGAAUUAGAAAAAUGUAUGUUUAAUAUCUGCGGAGCAAUGCACUCCGUGCCUGGUAUUAUCAAUGAAAUAAAAUGCGAGUCAUAUUAUUGGUGUGAAUAA